AUGAAGAACCUCCUUUCCAUCAGUAUGGAUGGGCCAAAUGUGAACUUGAAAUUUUUAAAUGAUUUCCAACAGGAGCAUGCUGAACUACAUGGAGGCCGCCAAUUAAUUAAUGUUGGAAGCUGUGGACUGCACACUCUGCACAAUUCAUUCAAGACUGGCUUCUCCACAUGGAAUAUUGAGAAACUGUUAAGAGCAAUGCACUUUCUUUUUCACAAUGUCCCUGCAAGAAGAGAAGAUUUUACAAAACUUACAGCCUCAUCUCUUUUCCCACUCCCAUUCUGUGGACACAGAUGGGUGGAAAAUCUUCCUGUUGCAGAGAGAGCUAUUGAAGUAUGGCCAAAGCUUAAAGAUUAUGUGAAGGCAGUCCAUAGAAAAGAACUCCCAAACCCUGGAACCUCUUCUUUUGACACUAUUCAAGCAGCAAAUGAAGAUCCCCUGAUUUCAGCCAAACUUCAGUUUUUCAUGGCAAUCUCCAGAAUGUUUAGUCCAUUUUUAAAGAAAUACCAAACAGAUGAGCCAGUCCUGCCAUUCCUGUGCAGCGACUUGACAGAGUUGUUGAUGAGUCUACUGAGACGUUUCAUCCAAAGGGAGCUGCUACAAGACAUCACCCCCCUUCAGUUGGCCAAACUGGACACCAAUGACCAGAGAAACUGGGUCAUGGCGAGCCAUGUUGACAUAAGCUUGGGUGCUGAGUCUGCCAUUAAGGUGAUACUGUUGUGCAACAGUUUAACAGCUUUCUCUCUGCAUGGCAAAAGUGAGGAGCUCCUCUCUUUCAAACCCAUGGAGCAAAGACUUGAUGUUUUUCUUCGUGACGCUCUCAACCAGACUUAUCCUGAGCUCUGGAGUUUCCUUCAGCACCUGUUGCUCCUAUCUCAUGGGCAAGCUACAGUAGAGAGAGGCUUCUCUGUGAACAGGGAAGUAGAGGCUUGCAACAUAAAAGAAGAAACUAUUGAGGCCCAAAGACUUGUCUGUGACCAAGUUAGAGCUUGUGGGGGGUUUCUCAAAGUUCCCCUUACAAAAGAGCUACUAGCAUCUGUAGCAUCAGCCAGGACUAGAUAUAGGAUCUACCUUGAGGAAGAGAGACAAAAGAGAGAGGGUGCCAUGCGUGGACUUAAGAGAAAAGCAUUGGAAGAUGAGCUAGAACAGCUGAAAAAGAAAAAGGAGAUAUUAAGGGUGAUGUGUGUCAGCCUUCAGAAAGAUGCUGAUCAACUAGCUGAACAGGCAGAAAACAAACCGAGCACGCUCAUGGCUCAAAUGAUAACAAAAUCUAAUACUCUAAGGAAGAUAUACAGGGACAAAUGCAGUGAACUGACAAAUGUUGAAUCCGAGCUGGCAUCAAAAACUAGUGAGCUAAGGCACAUGCAUUAAUCCUGUUGUGUGUGAAAAAAAUGCUGUAGCAUGUUCAAUAACAUGUAACAUUCCAUGCAACUAUGUAUUUACUAUGUUCCAGGCAUACAUUUUUUUGUUUUAUCUCAGGGUACAUUAUAAUACAUUGAGUUCUCAGAGGAUUUUUUUUAUAUACAUAUAUAUCCGUGGAUUCUCACGUGUUUGUUUAUGGCAUUAAAAAGGUUUAAAAUGGCAUUAAAAAGCAUUAAAUGUGUUUUGCUGAUUUCUGCAGAAACCCUGAUUAAUACAAGUACUUCUUUGGUUGAACAAAAGUAUGUGCUUUUAACAUUUUCAGAUCUGAACAUAUGUUUCCUUGGAGCUCUAAAUCUCCAGAUUCUUGUGCAGGAACACAAGCUGGUCUACAUGCUCAGCUUUCAGGAGGCUUCUCUGUGCAGUCACUAUGUCACCAGCAGAGGAGAAAACUCUCUCUGCAGAGACACUUGUGCCAGAAAUGCAUAGCAAACUCUUUGCUAUUUUGGAGAGCUGAGGAUAGUCUUGUUCAUGGUUCUUCCACCAACUGAGAGGAUUUUCUGUGAGAGGCAAAGGGGCCUCACCUCUAUAUUUCUUGAUCUCACCUGCUGCAAGAUCAUUUUCUGAUUUUGGUUCAGUAUUAUCACUACUAGUAGAGGGAAAUGUAGCUCCAAGCAAGUCCACCAAAACACAUGAGGUCCUUGGUCUCUUCAGGGGUGGCUGACUGAUGGAAGCACAACUGUCGUUGAUGUGAGCAUCUUCUGCAACAUUCUCCUCCUCCACCUGAAAAACAUAAUAUCAAGCAAAUAUUAGGGUUAAACCUCAUACUAAUCUGCAUUGUAUAUGUAAAUAUUUUUUCUAAGUAAAUUCAAUGUUAUUUACUUACAUUUUUUUUAUCAUGCCAACCACUGCCUCCAACAGUCUGGAAUGGAUGUCCCUGGUCUCUGCUUCGGACAGGAAGGGCAGGCCCUUAAACCGAGGAUCAACAGCUGAGGCCAUGUGUAAUGUCUGCUUUUCACUGGCAUAUCUUUUCCCCAGAUCUUCUGCAAUGGCAGCCUUUAUGUCACUAACUGUUGGUGUAUCAUCUUGGCUUUCUUGUGCACCCAUCAUGAGCUUGGCAUGAAGAGGAGCAAUGACAGACAGUGUUGGCAUGCUCUCUUCUGACAUCACCAAGGUGGCAUCCUUCAUCGGUUUGAGUGCCCUGACAACUUCUUCUGCACACAUGAUGUCAGACUCAUUUAAUGUGAAGACUUCUUUUGCACUCUUCCUGACGUCUGGAGAAAGCAAAGCUGCACAGAUGGCUGGUUGCUGUUCUAAAAAGCGUUCUAUCAUGUCAUAAGAGCUGUUCCAUCUGGUUAUUAUGUCCGUGAUCAGUCUGUGAGCUGGUAACUGAAGGAGGCGCUGUUUCUGCUUCAACUGAUCGCUGGCUGUGGUGCUGCGUCUGAAAAAGCCUGUUACACGUCUGACUCUACCCAGAAGUCGAAUCACAGAUUGUGUUUUUAGUGCUUUCUGGGAGGCAAGAUUCAGACUGUGCGCAAAACACUGUAUGUGCGUCAUGCCUGCGAGUCUGGCCGCGACAGCCAUGUUUGGUGCGUUAUCUGUUACAAUAACGACUUUCUUUGUGUUCAACCCCCAUUCAGUCACAGUCUCCUUCAGUAAUGCUGCAAUGUGUUCACCUGUGUGAGUUUCAUGCAUGGUUUGUAAUACAUGAGACUGAAGGAUCCACUCAUCAUUUAUGUGAUGUGCUGUAACAGUAACAUACGAUUCAGUAGCUCUAGACGUCCAAGCAUCGCACGUUAAAGCGACCGUCUCUGCUGAGCCGAGAGAGUCCAGAACUGUUGCUUUGACUUCGUUGUACAAGUUUGGAAGAGCGAUGUCCGUGAUGUGUUGUCAUGAAGGAACGGCGUAACGCGGCUCCAAUGUUUUAAUCAUAUCACGAAAUCCUUUAUUCUCCACAACACUCAGGGGACGCAUGUCUUUACAAAUAAAAACAAGUACUGAUUUCGUUAUCUUGACUGCACGAGUUGAAGUCGCUGGUAGCUUCGAAGUGUUAACUUCCUCUAUAGUCCGUUGAGUAGGAUCACCGAGCUUCGUUUUAAGUGUAGCAUUUGAUGCUACAUUGUGUACCGUUAUGAAGUUAUGAUUUUCAGCUCCUAAACGCUGCCCCUGUACACAUUUACACCCGUGUAGAAAACGCCAAGGUCGUCUGAUCCUCAGACUGUUUACAUUCCAGAAGAAGGAAGAAGAACGCUUUUACUUAAUCAAAGUACUUUAUUUGUGAUUAAAAAUUAAGCAAAACAUAUGUUGAUCAAUAAUAAUCAAGUGAAUGAUCUGUGAAAUAAAUAUGUCAUGAUUUAUGUGUUUAAUGAGUAAACAGGACGACAUGCACAGACAGACAGACACUCAUCCUCAUGGCAACGCAUGACACAUUUCUCCAACCAAUCAGAGCCUUCGGCUGCCGCAAGAGAAUCUGGCUUGUUGACUUAAAGUGUCCAAUCCGCUUUACUAAAACUUAUCAACAAUUCAGAGAUAUAAAACAAGGCAACGCCAUUUUAAGCUCAGUUCCAUUUUGACUUCAGUUCUAUUCACCAUCAUCCCAAAGAGAAGCACAGCCUGGCCAGAUGUGUUUUCUUCUUUAAACUAAGAACUGUGAAGUUGGAGAUUUUCGUCAUUUAACAACCAGACGACAUCCUUUCAAAAUAAGAGCACCUGCUGACGCUGCCGAUUGUUACCUGGGUCGACCCUUCAGACGGGCUUUGAAACGUUGUGACCGCUGUUUCGACCAGCUCCAACGCACAUCCGAGGUCUUCAGACCUGGCAUUUCCUGAUCUACCUGGGAGGCCCCCACUGGGUACGUACACGGCAAAAUAGCAGCUCAUGUCAUCACUUUAUAAGCCUCGUGAUAUCUAGUCAUAACAAUCAAAGACUACCAGAUUCAAUGACGUCAGCCUAAGGAGUCUGAACCAACCACACACACACACACACACACACACACACACACACACACACACACACACACACACACACACACACACACACACACACACACAUCGAACAUCACAUUCAU